CGGGCUAUUUGAGAGGAUACGUUUGUAACUCGCCUGCUCGAUGGGAAAAAAGAGAACGCCCAGCACAGCAUCUCAAAUCGAGGUGUGAGUGCUCUCUGUAAACCGACGCCGAGGCACCGCUGCCAUAGUGGAUGAGAACCAGCAACAUUUAACCAGACCGACAAGGAUACCUCUCACUUGAUGACUGACACCAUUUAAGUAAGUUUAUGUUGGCCAGUUGGCCAGCCCGAUAGCUCUGCAAGCUAAUUUGUGCUACGUGCGCAAACUGACAGGCAGGCUGUGGAUUCUCGCUCUAUACAUCCGUCUUUACAUUGUAUCACACAGAGUCCAUAUAACAUUGUACCAUUCAGUGUCUAGCCUGCUGAUGUUACAACAUGGCCAUAAUAGAUUGCUGAUCUGAAGCUUUUUAGAGCCGUCUUGGCUAUACAUAUGGAUGUUGUGGUCUGCGGCAGGGCUGGCCCUAGACGUUUGGUGGGCCCUAGGCGAAAUUUGGUGGUGGUUAAAUUGCUGAUGUGCUAGUUACAUGUCCAUCUCCAAUAUUACAUGUCCAUCUUACAUGUCCAUCUCCUCUAGCCUACAGUACUGUAAUAUUGCCUUUAACAACUGGACUCAUGGCCAUAAUUUCUCAAAGUGGACACAACAUAUGUGUUCUGCUCACGUCCUGUGCGCUAACAUCACUAAUUAUGGUGAUUAGAAGGGAUGAUCCGGAGGUGCUUUGGGCACCUAAACCCAGAUUUAGCAUCAAAUUGACUCUUUGCUAAUUGGAUCUUUAGGGCAACAGCUGCCUGGACGAUUUGAUCGCUCCUCUUCACCGCCUCUCCUCUAAUCCCCAAACUCCUGACCCUACCGCCUCCUCUUUUAUCCCUGGCCUUCUAAUACAUUUGGUAUUGAGUCUAAUGCAUGUCCCACUCCGCCUUGCCUUCCUCACAUUUUAAAGCUGUUCUCUUUCUCCUUGCUUUCAAUGCUGGAUCUGUAUAAGGAGAGAGGGAGGCAGGUUUAAUGAGGUUACUGAAUGUACUAUCAUCUGUGUGUAAGGGGAUGAGGAGAGGCUGCUACUUACUGCCAGCGCUUCUGUAGCUACACACACACACUAGGGCCAGGACAGUACCGGUAUCGCGAUACUCGUUAGUAGCGUGGCAAGGAAACAAAACAUGAAGCAGAUUUGUCUUUAGGAAAACAGCCCUAAUGUUGGAAACAAACAUCAUAAUGUUGUCAUCCAGAGUCACAUUUAUUUAUUUUCCAAGAUAAAGCACAAAACAUUUUACAUACAGCAGGUUUUUAAAGGACCAAAGAGAGUGGUCUGCGUCGUGUUUUUAUUUUUGCCAUGGGAAAAAUAUUGACAUGCUGGUAUCGUCCCGGCCCUAAAACACACACACACACACACACACACACACACACACACCUAUUUAAAUCCCACACAUUGCUCUAUCAAAUUCAGCAUAGUACCAUCAUCACAUAGAGUAAGUAGCCGGCAGUCCUUUUAAUAGACUGCAAUAUUAUACUGUUGAGCCCUCCAUCCCCUCUCUUUACCCAACACAGCAGCUCCCAUCAUGACUUGGACUGUUGUGAAUAUAGAGUUGUUUGUACUCACUAAAAACAAAUGGGUUAAAAAUAACCCAACCAUGGUUCAUUAUAGCACCUACCUCACGUUGGGUUAUUUUAACCCAAUGCAUUGAGUAGAUUUUUUUUAACACAGCGCAUUGUGUUAUCUAAUCAACCCCCAAUGUGAUUAUUCAUGCUCAAUUGUAGUAUUUAAUAACUUUAUAUUUUAAACACGUUCACAUUGAUACCCUAAGGCAGUUAACCCCCAACAACAACUGCUCCCCGGGCGCUGAUGAUGUGAAUGCCCACCCCUGACUCAGAGGGCUGGGGUUAAAUGUGGAGGACACAUUUCGGUUGAAUGCAUUCAAUUGUGCAACUGACUAGGUAUCCCCCUUUACCUUUCCUUUCCACUCAUCACCCUAUUAUUAUUAUUAUCACCCUCCCUAUCAGUGGUGUAAAGUAACUAAGUAAAAAUACUUUUGAAAUACUACUUAAGUCGUUUUUUUCUUCUGUACUUUACUAUUUAUAUUUUUGACAACUUUUAUUCCACUACAUUCCUAAAGAAAAUAUGUACUUUUUACUCACAUACGUUUUCCCUGACACCCAAAAGUACUCAUUACAUUUCAAAUGCUCAGGCAGGACAGCAAUAUUGGUCCCAUUCAUGCACCUAUCAAUAUAAUGCGUUGUCAUCCCUACUGCCUCUAAUCUGGCGGACUCACUAAACACAAAUAAUGUGUUUGUAAAUUGUGUUGGAGUGUGACCCUAACUGUCCGUAAAUAAAAAAAGAGGAAAUUGUGCCGUCUGGUUUGAUGUAUAGCGUUUGCUUUUACUUUUGCUCAAGUAUGACAAUUGAGUACUUUUUCCACCACUAUAAAUAAGUGCAUUUAAAAACAGAUACUUCUAGACUUUUACUCAAGUAGUAUUUUACUGGGUGACUUUUACUUCAGUCAUUUUCUAUUAAGGUAUCUUUACCUUUCUCAAGUAUGACAACUGAGGACUUUGUCCACCACUGCUCCCUAUCCCUAACAAGACAAAUACACUGAGUUUCAAAAGGUCCAGCAAGUGUCCACUAUAUGCAAUUACAUUGAACAUUACACAGGGCUGUGAGCAGUGUAGCUUGUCCCCGAGCUGGCAGACAAAUGGUUCUUGGCUCUACCUUCCGGAGAUAGGCUACUGCUUGUUGAGUCCAACCUUGAAAGUAACAACAAAUAACGUUUAGCAGGUCUGUUAGAAAUGCCUUUGGCACACCAUCUUGAAAAGGGAAGCAUUUCUGUGCUGUACUGACAGUAGAAAUGUUCAUAUUACAGUAUGUGUACAGGUUGUAUUAGGGGCGUAUCAUUUGCCCAUCCAGUUUGUAAGGCCAUGGAGGCAGCAUGCCAGGAACUACCUUAGGGGAAAACAACAUUAAAAAAAAUCUUGAAUUAGUAAAUGUGCCUAGCUUGGUGUUGGCACAUGCACUCUAGCCAACAUCUUGCAGAUACAGUGCGAGUGGGUUAGUCUACAUGAUGAGAUUAUUAUGGAUAAGAGCGAGAAUAUUUUUGUCAAGCAUUGAUCAUCAUGUCAUCAGAAUAAGACCCUCAACAUUGAUUGGGAAAGAGCAUCAAGCUCAUCACCUUGCACUUUCACCACCCUGUGAAGUUCAUCAUAACGUAUUUCAUCUGUAGCCUAAUAAACUGCAUGGUUUCCUGAGUCAUAGUGGGAGGAGCUCACACCAUGUCAUUGCGUGACUCAAAGUUUACUUCGAUAUGAUGGUUAUUAUAUCAAUAUUUGCGACUUAAAGGUGUUUCUACUGCCAUUUCUCGCAUAAUUAAUUUUACCGACACAAAAAGAUCCCACCAUGUCGAACGAACAAAUUCUGUCAGCAUUUAUAAAAUUGUUCCGAAACUUCCUGUUUCCAUCACAGCUGUCGUGAUUUUUGUUUAUACGGUAUAACUUUACUCGCAUAAAAAUUGUGGAUGGAAAUGUGGUUAAUGUCCAAGAGUGAAAAGAUAUGUCAAAAACAUUAUUAUUAUAGUCCUAGUAUAUUUGUCACAUUGUCUUACCAUUAGAAGGGUUUCAGCAUCCUCUGCCAGGUCACUUGCCCUCUUCUCCCCAUAUGGAAGACAUUGACACAUGUCCGAUGAUCCUCCGUCACGCAUAGUCACAAGUCAGUCAGUCAGUCUAAGCCUGGCCCAAUCCUGGGCCUGGAGGCUGGCCAGACCUGUUCUGUAAGUCCACAGUCUGCUCUCUCUCCCUCCCUCUCUGCUGCAGCUUUUAUCACAGCACAGCCUGCUGAAUCCGUGUGGUGUGUGUGUGUGUGUGUGUGUGUGUGUGUGAGAAUCCUGUAGUGAAUGAAUGUACAGUAUGUGUAGAGUGUGCCUCUCUCUCUCUCUGUGUGUGUGUGUGUGUGUGUGUCUGUCUGUCUCCCAUCCUUCCCUUCCUCCCUCCCUUGCAGUGGUGUAAAAAGUACCCAAUUGUCAUACUUGAGUAAAGGUAAAGAUACCUUAAUAGAAAAUGACUCAAGUAAAAGUGAGUCACCCAGUAAAAUUCUACUUGAGUAAAAGUAUUUGGUUUUAAAUAUACUUAAGUAUCAAAAGUACAUGUAAAUACUAAAACAUAUUUAAGUAUCAAAAGUAAAAGUAUAAACCAUUUCAAAUUCCUUAUAUUAAGCAAACCAGACGGCACCAUUUUCUUGUGUUUUAAAUGUACAGAUAGCCAGGGGCACGCUCCAACACUCAGACAUAAUUUACAAAUGAAGCAUGUGUUUAGUGAGUCCACCGGAUCAGAGGCAGUAGGGAUGACCAGGGAUGUUCUCUUGAAGUGUGUGAAUUAGACAAUUUUCCUGUCCUGCUAAGCAUUCAAAUGUAACGAGUACUUUUGGGUGUCAGGGAAAAUGUAUGGAGUACAUCAUUUUCUUUAGGAAUGUAGUGAAGUAAAAGUAGUCAAAAAUAUAAAUAGUAAAGUACAGAUAUCCCAGAAAACUACUUAAGUAGUACUUUCAAGUAUUUUUACCUAAUUACUUUACACCACUGCUCCCUUUUUAUAGGUACAUUUUCAACCCAGUCAGUGUGUAGUGGAGUAUUUGUGUACAAGAGUAUGUGUGUUCUGUCUCACUUCAUUCACUUUGGCUAUGUUCAUAUUUAACCCAGCCAUGUAUGUGUGUGGGCUCUGUUGUGCAGACUGGCCUCGAGGUGGUCCAUCUGUGAUUGGCUAAUGAGCUCUGGACGAGUCUAAAGUCAUCUGCCUUUAUUGCCACGCUACUAUUGCACUGUUAAGCUGGUACUGCUGCCAUAUCUGUACUCUGGCAAUGACACCUUUACUACAACACAGUACAGUACACUAUGUCAAUCAUGAUGGUACAUUAUAUGGUACCACAACAAAAGCACCCUCAGUACAAUGUAGUGUGUGAACCACAGUAAAGGCCUCAGGGACAGGAAGCUCCGGAAGGAAGAUGUGUUCGUAAUAAUACUACAUUGUUUGGCUUAGGUUCAGGUUGGUCAUUUGGCUGUUCUGAAGGGAUUUUUUUCAACAUCACCUUAGGCUGCUAAUAUAUUGUACUGUAUGGUGGUGAGUGUCAGUGCUUUGGUUGUUGGUGAGAGGCAGUGUUUGGAUAGUGAUUCUGCUGGUUGGUAGCAUUGGGUAUUGGUUCUGUCAGUUCCUAGUGUUAGGGGUAUUGCUACUGUGUGAAUCUUUAGGGGAGUUUAAAGUGGAAGUCUGCCUCUCUCUUAGUUGGUUGGUAUUUCGUCACCAUGUCCCAUUCUCCUGCUCUGUAAUUAAGCUCUUUUGUUGUGUUUGUUAAGCAGAUUGUCUCAGUGCCACAUUUGACUAGCUAGGCCUCUGAGGAGCGGGUUUGUCCUUCGCUCUGUUUCCCUUUCAUACGACUUGACUGGUCAAACAUGGAACUUUGAGCAAUAUUUCCAUAUAGAGAGUGUAUACACUUCAGUCAGUGUAUGAAUUGGUUGUGUAGACUAGCGUUAUAGUGAUAGUCAUGUUAAAUAUAUAUGAGUGAGGGUAAUGGUAGUAUGUUGUUAAGAACUGGUAUUCUCUCUUAAUAAAUAUGUUUUUAAUUUGAGAGAUGCUAACAUUUAACUCCAUACGCUUGUUAUUUUCUCCUUUACCCUCAUAAAACAACAUAGCUUCCCGUUAUUACGUUCCUGCUUUUCCCUGGACCAUAAACUUCCCCACAUCUGUUCCAGGGAUGGUAGAUGUGAGGUGGUUGUGUUUGAUGCGUUACUGGGCUGGAAGACUAGACCCCAUGUCAGUGUGUUUCUGUUCUGUCUAAACUUGGGCUGGAUUCUAUUAUGAAAACGGAUCUGUCCUGAAUGCCCUUUUCCUUUGAUGCCUUAGCCGAGUUACUGAAAUGACUGCAUCGAUGAAAGCAGUAUAGCAGAUUACUAGGACGAUGUUUAAGUAUAAUAUGGCAUCUUCUCUAUUUUCCCCGUUGUUGAAUCAACCCGCAGUCCAUAGGACUCAUUUGCCCCUCUGUUGUCAUGCGUUUAUGACAGAACAUGGGGGGGUUAGAUGAGGGGAUCAGUAAACUCAUCGCCACAGAGACACAGUCACGACUGGAGCCAUUCCAUUCACAUUCCAAAACAUAGAUUGCAAAAUGUUCAUAUUGACAAAUUCACCCUGCAAUUGGGUGCUAAUUAAAACUACACCCACAAACACAUAUUGAGCUACAAGAUGAGCCAUACUUCUCAUCCUGUUGGUAUUGAUUGCACAAUUUUAUUUUUCACCAAACAUGGGAUAGCCCUUCGCUGAUCGCUCGAAACACAACCUUUGAGCAUAGCUUGUUGACUGACUCUGCAAUGAAUGAGUCUGUGUGUGUUUGUGUACAUAGAUGUUAGUAAGAAUACAAAUGUGUUGUUCUUUGUGUAUGUGGCUGUGUGCAAUGUCCUCUCUCUCUCUCUCUCUCUCUCUCUCUGUCUCUCUGUGUGAGAAUGAGAACUGCUGUCCUCUCCACUCUGCUCCGUGACAUCAUCAUAGCAACGGAAAGGAUGGAGGUGGGAAAGUAGGACAGAGUGGGGGGAGGAGGCAGAGGAGGUUUGGUGUGAUUGCCCCCUUAUGGCCCCUUCAGUGUGAUUGCCCCUCCACCUCUCUCUCUCCAUCUCUUCCUGUUUCCACUCAGUGUUUGCCUGUUCAUUCUGUCUAUCGGUGUGUGGUAGAGAGCUCCCCUGCCGCUCAGCAAUGCAUUUCUUACUCUGUCAACCUCGUCUGAGAGAGAUGGUCUCUAGAUAAAGAAAUAAUGUAGUCUGUGUGUGUGUGUGUCGGUCGAGAGGUCUGAAAUCCUCUGGGAGGCUCUUUCCUCCUUCACAGGGCCCUUUAAUGUGGGAGGAGUGAAGUUUAAGAGCACAGGUUGCCUUGGUAACAAUUGCUGCCAUCUGUGUGAGUGGUGUGCGUGCGGGCGGGCGGGAAAGGAUGGAGCAGCCUCCGGUCUUAAUGCUUCAUCUCCUUCAUUUUGAAUUAUUUAUUUAUUUAGGGAGGUUACUGGGUUAAUCUGGAAUGCUUCCUUAGCCUUAUGAAUCUAGAAAGAGACAAAGUCCAUUCUCAAUGAGGGUACUGUUUAUAUAUUCUGUCAUACUGUCUCAUAAAAUAACUUCUCACAUCUGCAGCACAACAUGGCUACCAACUGCACUAUAACUGCAAAGAGGAGGGCAGAAGGUAUCUAAGGAGUGGGGAUGGAUCUGAGAAGGACUGACAGAAGGGUGGGAGGUUUUAGAUGAGGAGAGGGAAGAGGCCAGCAGGGGUCUGAGGAGUGGAUGUGGACUCCCUCUGAUGGCUGAAGAGGGCUUGGGGAGAGGAGAGACUGAAUAAUGUGUAGUAGUCCCAGACUGUCCAAUAGUAGAGGGUUCUCUUGGCUGUAAGGUUCUCUUGGCUGUAGUACUAGAGGGUUCUCUUGGCUGUAGUACUAGAGGGUUCUCUUGGCUGUAGUACUAGAGGGUUCUCUUGGCUGUAGUACUAGAGGGUUCUCUUGGCUGUAGUACUAGAGGGUUCUCUUGGCUGUAGUACUAUAGGGUUCUCUUGGCUGUAAGGUUCUCUUGGCUGUAGUACUAUAGGGUUCUCUUGGCUGUAGUACUAUAGGGUUCUCUUGGCUGUAGUACUAGAGGGUUCUCUUGGCUGUAGUACUAUAGGGUUCUCUUGGCUGUAAGGUUCUCUUGGCUGUAGUACUAUAGGGUUCUCUUGGCUGUAGUACUAUAGGGUUCUCUUGGCUGUAGUACUAGAGGGUUCUCUUGGCUGUAGUACUAUAGGGUUCUCUUGGCUGUAAGGUUCUCUUGGCUGUAGUACUAUAGGGUUCUCUUGGCUGUAGUACUAUAGGGUUCUCUUGGCUGUAGUACUAUAGGGUUCUCUUGGCUGUAAGGUUCUCUUGGUUGUAGGGUUCUCUUGGCUGUAGUACAAUAGGGUUAUCUUGGCUGUAGUACUAGAGAGUUCUCUUGGCAGUAGGGUUCUCUUGGCUGUAGUAGUAGAGGGUUCUCUUGGCUGUAGGGUUCUCUUGGCUGUAGUACUAGAGGGUUCUCUUGGCUGUAGGGUUCUCUUGGCUGUAGUACUAUAGGGUUCUCUUGGCUGUAGGGUUAUCUUGGCUGUAGUACUAUAGGGUUAUCUUGGCUGUAGGGUUCUCUUGGCUGUAGGGUUCUCUUGGCUGUAGUACCAGAGGGUUCUCUUGGCUGUAAGGUUCUCUUGGUUGUAGGGUACUCUUGGCUGUAGUACUAGAGGGUUCUCUUGGCUGUAAGGUUCUCUUGGUUGUAGGGUUCUAUUGGCUGUAGUACAAUAGGGUUCUCUUGGCUGUAGUACUAGAGGGUUCUCUUGGCUGUAGGGUUCUCUUGGCUGUAGUACUAUAGGGUUCUCUUGGCUGUAAGGUUCUCUUGGCUGUAGGGUUCUCUUGACUGUAGAACUAGAGGGUUCUCUUGGCUGUAGGGUUCUCUUGGCCGUAGGGUUCUCUUGGUUGUAGUAGUAGAGUGUUCUCUUGGCAGUAGGGUUCUCUUGGCUGUAGUAGUAGAGGGUUCUCUUGGCUGUAGGGUUCUCUUGGCUAUAGUACUAGAAAGUUAUCUUGGCUGUAGGGUUCUCUUGACUGUAGUAUAGUACUAGAGGGUUCUCUUGGCUGUAGGGUUCUCUUGGCUGUAGGGUUCUCUUGGCAGUAGGGUUCUCUUGGCUGUAGUAGUAGAGGGUUCUCUUGGCAGUAGGGUUCUCUUGGCUGUAGUAGUAGAGGGUUAUCUUGGCUGUAGGGUUCUCUUGGCUGUAGUACUAGAGGGUUCUCUUGGCUGUAGGGUUCUCUUGGCUGUAGUACCAGAGGGUUCUCUUGGCUUUAGGGUUCUCUUGGCUGUAGUAGUAGAGGGUUCUCUUGGCUGUAGGGUUCUCUUGGCUGUAGUACUAGAGGGUUCUCUUGGCUGUAGUACUAGAGGGUUCUCUUGGCUGUAGGGUUCUCUUGACUUUAGUACUAUAGGGUUCUCUUGGCUGUAGGGUUCUCUUGGCUGUAGUAGUAGAGGGUUCUCUUGGCAGUAGUAGUAGAGGGUUCUCUUAGCUGUAGGGUUCUCUUGCCUGUAGUACUAGAGGGUUCUCUUGGCUGUAGUACUAGAGGGUUCUAUUGGCUGUAGGGUUCUCUUGGCUGUAGUACUAGAGGGUUCUCUUGGCUGUAGUACUAGAGGGUUCUCUUGGCUGUAGGGUUCUCUUGGCUGUAGUAGUAGAGGGUUCUCUUGGCUGUAUGGUUCUCUUGGCAGUAGUAGUAGAGGGUUCUCUUGGCUGUAGGGUUCUCUUGGCAGUCGUAGUAGAGGGUUCUCUUGGCUGUAGGUUUCUCUUGGCUGUAGGGUUCUCUUGGCUGUAGUACUAGAGGGUUCUCUUGGCUGUAGUACUAGAGGGUUCUCUUGGCUGUAGUACUAGAGGGUUCUCUUGGCUAUAGGGUUCUCUUUGUUUUAGUAGUAGAGGGUUCUCUUGGCUGUAGGGUUCUCUUGGCUGUAGUACUAGAGGGUUCUCUUGGCUGUAGUACUAGAGGGUUAUCUUGGCUGUAGUACUAGAGGGUUCUCUUGGCUAUAGGGUUCUCUUGGCUGUUGUAGUAGAGGGUUUUCUUGACUGUAGUAGCCCAGACUGUCCUGGCCAGACAGAUUUUCAUGCACAAUGGAGCCUCUAAGCGGAUCCCAGGGAGAGGAAUUGGAUUAUGAUAAAUGGCCAGAGAGCUGCCAGUGUGCUCUCUGUGGAUGUUUAAAGUGUGUGCGUACGUGUGUGUCUGUCUGUGUGAGCAUGUGUGUGAGCGUGUGUGUGUGUGGGUGUUUCUACGUCUCAAAAUAUAAUGUUUUCCUCAGGCUACACUCUGCUGGCCUACGAUUUUGUUUUCAUUACUAACCUGUUGUUCUUAUCCCUCUGCAGGACAGACGGAUAUCCAGCCAGUGAUGUAGAUGAGGAUGAUGAAGUUACAUAUGGAAGGCUGUGUGGGGUUGAAGAGCAACGCCUGAUUCUCCUGCACUUCCUCAUCCACUCUGAGCCGUGCCCUCUAAUUGGGCGGCCGGAGCACGAUGUCAUCGACCACACCCACCUCAGCCCCGCCUUCCAAGAAGACGCGUGGGAAGGAGAGGACGGAGGGCAUGGGUGACUCGCCGCAGACAGCCAAUGAGGAGCUGAGGAGCAAGCUGAUGGAUAUCCAGAUAGAACUGCAGCAAGAGAAGGGCAAGGUAGGCCCGCCCCCUCUGACAUGAUGAUAUGAUUAUCUAAUGGCUAUACAAUGAUCUACUGUUUAAUGAUACUAUUAAGAAAUCAUUAUCACUCUCUCUUUUUCCUAUUUCCCCUGCAAACUUCUCCUUCUCCUCCUCUAUCCCACCCUCCUCUCCCUCCCCUGGGUAGGUCUCUAAGUUGAGAGAGCGUCUCCAGGAGCAGAGGCAGGCCAGGGAACUGGAACAACACAAACACACGGUGGUCCUCACCGACCUCCGCGCCAAAUUGCACGAGGAGAAGCUCCGCGAGCUGGCCACCGCUCGCGAGGUGUUGGCACGGCAACACGAGUUGGAGCUAUCGCGUACCAUUAAGAUCCGCGACGGGGAGGUGCAGCGGCUCCAGGGGCUGGUCCACGCUCUGAGGGACGGGGCGGCUGACAAACUGAAGAGCGCCCUGCUAGGAGAGGCCCGGGAGGAGGCCAGGAGGGCCUUCGAUGGGGAGAGACUCAAACUGCAGCAGGAGGUAGGUUGACCUUGGGGAUCAACUUGAAUCCACCUUGCAUUGUGGUAUUGGCGUAGUCGUUUUUUCCCAUGGUCAAUCAGAGUCCUAGCCUGGUUUAGGUUAGGCUACUACAAAUUCCUUCUACUACCAGCUAGACUCCUCUCACAGGUAGAUGCCUCUUGUUUUCAGUAUAAGAAGUUUGACUGUUUAGUCUGGUUUUUAAAGUUCUUAUUUAAAGACACAGAGCAUUUUCUUUGUUUCUGGACUAGCAGAGUCAUAUGACAUUACUAUCUCCUGAAUCAUCUUAAUUGCUUCAGGGUCCCAGUACUUGGAAGUGUAUAUACACUCUAACUGUGUCUGUGUGUGUGUUCCCCUCAGGCCCUGAAGCAGGAGACUGCACGGAAGCAGGUUGAGGAGGCCCUGGCUAACGCACUGCAGGCAGACAAGGCCAAAGCAGCCGACCUCCGAACAGCCUACCAGCAGCACCAGGAUGAGAUCAACCGCAUCAAGAGAGACUGCGAGCGAGACAUCCGAAGGGUGGUGAGUCGACCGUAACAUGACCGCACACGAUGUGCCUGUCUGCAAACCAUAACCCCGAUCACAUAACCCCUGAUUGAUCCUAACCCACAUCAAACAAGACCAUGUGAGAGACAACAUGAUUGUCUGGUGCUGAGUGACCUGAAAGUUAACCAAAUUCCAAACCAAUAUAAACCAUAGCUAAGUGAAAUUGGAACUACCCUCAAACAAUAGACUGAUUCCUCAGAUCCUGAGUUCCCUGUAUGCGUUUCCCUGUAUGCACUGUAUCUGAUCGAUAGCUUGAAAUGCACUGUACCCUAUGUUGAUCUCCAGUUCUAUUUCACACAGUGUAGUUUUGCUUAUCAGAGACCCAGGUAGCACAGAUAACACAUAGACCGAAGAACACAGGACAAUAGCACAGGGCCAUGAAAGAUGUAUCACUAACCUGCUUUACAGCCAGGACAUUUGACUAUAUCAUUUGACUGGAAAAAGGAGAGGGAAGGGAAGUGAGAGUGAGAGAGGGGAGUGAGAUGAAGACAGGAAGAGAAAAUGAACUAGGAUUCAUGAAUUAAUUACACUCAACAAUGUUGGUGUUGCAUACUUUGUUGGUUGGAAAAGAGUGAGCUGUUCUUGGAGGAAGAGAGCAAUGGGGUAGAGAGAGCGUGCAGCUCGGGUUAAGGCUAAAGAGUUCCAGAGUGAAGGUUUGUUACCUUUUCUCUCUCUUGUUCUCACUCUCUCUCCCCCCUUCUUUCUCUCUCUCUCAUAUCUAUCUUUGUCUCCCUCUCUCCUCAUCCUCACAUCUCUCUUUCUAUCACCCUCUAGAUGGAUGAGUUGAAGGGGAAGGACCGUGUGGUUUCUGCGUUGGAGAGGGAGCUGGGGGUGCAGGCAGGUUACGCCCAGAAGCUCCAGCUGCAGAAGGAGGCUCUGGACGAGCAGCUGGGCCAAGUCAGGGAGGCAGAGAGGCACCAUGGCAGCCCCAAGAGAGAGGUGGUCCCUACCCUGGGGGAUACCCAGGACUAUAUCAACAACCAGGUGAGGACAACCCCAUUAAAAUACACACACACAGGUACGCGCAAGCACACACUUAUGCACACAAGCACAUUUUACUGACAUGGCAUUUUCCAAAAACCCGGUGGUCAGCGCAUUCACACAUUGUCUUUUUCUCUAAUCAUCUCCCCCAAUUUUUCUCUCUCUCUCUCUCUCUUUGUCUCUCUCUUUGUCUCUCUCUCUCUUUCUGUCUCUGUCUUUCUGUCUUUCUCAGGAGGUGGAAGAUCUUCGGGAUGCAAGGAGGUUCCAGCUGAAGAUAGCUGAGCUCCACUCUGUUACCAGGAAGCUGGAGGACAGGAACACGCUGCUGGCUGAUGAGAGGAACGAACUGGUGAGGAACACACACAUACACACAGCUACAGAAAAUCACUUGGUGGAGAACUAAACAUUGUAGGGACGUUAUGGAAACGUUAUGGGAACAUUGAAGGGAUAUUAUGGAAAUGUGCAGGUAUAUAAAAAUAGGUCUACACAUCUCCUCACUAUUUCUCUUGUUUUCUCCCUCCAUCUUGGUCAGUUGAAGCGGGUGCGUGAGGCAGAGAGUCAGAUGAAGCCCCUGUUAGAUAAGUAUAAGAGGAUGUCGAAGAAGAACGAUGACCUCCUGCAGACUCUGCAGCGCAUGGAGGAGAAACUCAAGAACCUCAGCAGAGAGAACGCAGAGAUGGUGAGGGAACCAUAAAUAUCCUUCUUUGUCUACUUUCCUUGUCUUUCCUUGUCUCCUUUCCGUGUCUUGUCUCCUUCAUGACGGGGAGAGGACACCAUUUGAAAGUAUUUGGACCAAAUUGUUGAUAAGUGUAACAGGAGUAUAGCCAAUGGAUUAAGAGGAAACUAUACUGAACAAAAAUAUGAACGCAACAUGCAACAAUUUCAAAGAUUUUAAUUAGUUACAGGAAGACCCACUGGGGAGCCAGGCCCAGCCAAUCAGAAUGAGUUUUCCCCCACAAAAGGGCUUUAUUACAGACAUAAAUACUCCUCAGUUUCAUCAGCUGUCCGGGUGGCUGGUCUCAGACGAUCCCGCAGGUGAAGAAGCCGGAUAUGAGGGUCCUGGGCUGGCGUAGUUACAUGUGGUCUGCGGUUGUGAGGCCAGUUUGACGUACUGCCAAGUUCUCUAAAAUGAUGUUGGAGGCGGAUUAUGGUAGAGAAAUGCUCAUUUUAGGUGCCUUUAUUGUCCCCAGCACGAGGUGCACCUGGUGUAAUGAUAAUUCUGUUUAAUCAGCUUCUGAUAUCCACACCUGUCAGGUAGAUGGAUUAUUAUAUCUUGAUGCUUUUUCUCAGAUAUCCACUGGAGGACUCCCUUUCCCUCCAUUUCACAGAGCAAUUAUACAUUUCACAUGGUACCUACUGGACAAUGUACACAAUAGUGAAGACAUUAAAACUAUGAAAUGACACAUCAUGUAGUAACCAAAAAAGUGUUAAACAAAUCAAAAUAUAUUUUAUAUUUGAGAUUCUUCAAAUAACCACCCUUUUCCUUGAUGACAGUUUUGCACACUCUUGGCAUUCUCUCAACCAGCUUUACCUGGAAUGCUUUUCCAGCAGUCUUGAAGGAGUUCCCACAUAUGCUGAGCACUUGUUGGCUACUUUUCCUUCACUCUGCGGUCUGACUCAUCCCAAACCAUCUCAGUUUGGUUGAGGUCGGGGGAUUGUGGAGGUCAGGUCAUCUGAUGCAGCACUCCAUCACUCUCCAUCUUGGUAAAAUAGCCCUUACACAGCCUGGAGGUGUGUUGGGUCAUUGUCCUGUUGAAAAAUGAUAGUCCCACUAAGCCCAAACCAGAUGGGAUGGCGUAUCGCUGCAGAAUGCUGUGGUAGCCAUGCUGGUUAAGUGUGCCUUGAAUUCUAAAUAAAUCACAGACAGUGUCACCAGCAAAGCACCCCCACACCAUAACACCACCUCCUCCAUGCUUUACGGUGGGAACUACACAUGCGGAGAUCAUCUGUUCACCCACACUGCGUCUCACAAAGACACGGCGGUUGGAACCAAAAAUCUCCAAUUUGGAUCUCAAACUAGGACACAUUUCCACCAGUCUAAUGUCCAUUGCUCGUGUUUCUUGGACCAAGCAGGUCUCUUCUUCUUAUUGUUGUCCUUUAGUAGUGGUUUCUUUGCAGCAAUUCGACCAUGAAGGCCUGAUUCACACAGUCUCCUCUGAACAGUUGAUGUUGAGAUGUGUCUGUUACUUGAACUCUUUUAAGCAUUUAUUUGGGCUGCAAUUUCUGAGGCUGGUAACUCUAAUUAACUUAUCCUCUGCAGCAGAGGUAACUCUGGGUCUUCCAAUCCUGUGGCGGUCAUCAUGAGAGCCAGUUCAUCAUAGCGCUUGAUGGUUUUUGCGAUGAUGCACUUGAAGAAAACUUUCAAAGUUCUUGAAAUGUUUCGUAUUGAAGGACCUUCCAUGUCUUAAGUAAUGAUUGGACUGUUGUUCUCUUUGCUUAUUUGAGCUGUUUUGCCAUAUAUGGAUGUUCUUUUACCAAAUAGGGCUAUUGCUGUAUAACCCCCUAUCUUGUCACAAACACAACUGAUUGGCUCAAACGCAUUUUAAGAGGAAGAAAUUCCACAAAUUAACUUUUAAUAAGAAGGCACACCUGUUAAUUGAAAUGCAUUCCAGGUGACUACCUCAUGAAGCUGGUUGAGAGAAUGCCAAGAGUGUGCAAAGCUGUCAUCAAGGCAAAGGGUGGCUAUUUGAAGAAUCUCAAAUAUAAAAUAUAUUUUGAUUUGUUUAACACUUUUUUGGUUACUACAUGAUGUGUCAUUUCAUAGUUUUAAUGUCUUCACUAUUGUGUACAUUGUCCAGUAGGUACCAUGUGAAAUGUAUAAUUGCUCUGUGAAAUGGAGGGAAAGGGAGUCCUCCAGUGGAUAUCUGAGAAAAAGCAUCAAGAUAAUUAGGCAGCAGCAUCUGUGUGACAUUUCUCCUUGAUUACAAAGUCACCUUGCACAACUUAGUUACGUCAUGUUUCAGGAAAUCCUGUCUCUUGACCUCACUGCUCGAGUCGCCUAACCCUGAGAAUGUCUCUCCUCCCUCCCUCUCUCUCUUCCCCUUUCUCUUUCUCCCGCUCUCCCUCCCCCCCAGAAGGAGAAGGUGCACUCUCGUUCCCAGCAGCCCCAGCCCCAGCAGCUGAAGAGGCCUACCUCUCUGACAGACCUAAGCCAUGCUCACGAGGAACAGGAAGUAGAGUUCCUCAAGCUGCAGGUUGCCGAGCAACGAGGCAUCAUCGACGAACUCACGCAGGUUAGGGAGAUGGACACAGACAUUCACACUGCAGUUUAUCUGAUCUUUAAAUCACCUGAACUUCCAAACAACAGGGCAUUGACAGAUCAUUAUUGUAGUGAGAUUAGUGAAUCAUGGCACCUGACUAGCUCAUAAACAAACAGGCGGCCAUUUUGUUGAAUUUUACCAGAGUACAUUGAAACAGUGGGAUAAAAUGGGUGCCGUUAGGGUCAGUGAACUGUUGGGUAACAUGUUGAUCCUUUGUACCCCUGGGUUGCCCUCCAGACGCUCACCAACCAACCAACCACCCACCCACCACUCUCUCUCUUUUUUAAUCACCUUUAAUCAGAGCCUGCUGAUAAUUCACUCAUUAGCAUGGUGUUCUGCUGGCUCCUUGCUUCUGAUUUAAGGUGUUGUUCACACAACUCUUUGUCAUAAUCUCUUGACCCUGUUGCUCUUAAGAAUCCUUCUCGUCUCACUUUUUACGAUGGGUGCAUUUUGACAAGCCUAAAUAUUGUUUUAUUUGUCACAUGCGCCAAAUACAACAGGUGUAGACCUUACCGUGAAAUGCUUACUUACAAGCCCUUAACCAACAAUAUUUACUAAUAAACGACAAGUAAAAAAUAAGAGCAACAAUAAUGUAACAAUAACAAGGCUAUAUACAGGGUGUACCGGUACUGAGUCAAUGUGCGGGGGUACAGGUUAGUCGAGGUAAUUGAGGUAAUAUGUACAUGUAGGAAGGGGUAAAGUGACAAUGCAUAAUAGAUAAUAAACAGCAAGUAGCAGCAGCGUAAAAAAAGGGGGGAGGGGGUCAAUGCAAAUAGUCCCUGUAGCAAUUUGAUUAGCUGUUCAGCAGUCUUAUGGCUUAGGGGUAGAAGCUGUUAAGAAGCCUUUUGGACCUAGACUUCGCGCUCUGGUACCGUUUGCCGUGCGGUAGCAGAGAGAACAGUCUAUGACUAGGGUGGCUGGAGUCUUUGGCCUUCCUCUGACACCGCCUGGUAUAGAGGUCCUCGAUGGCAGGAAGCUUGGCCCCAGUGAUGUACUGGGCUGAGGCCGAGCAGUUGCCAUACCAGGCGAUGAUGCAACCAGUCAGGAUGCUCUCGAUGGUGCAGCUGUAGAACUUUUUGAGGAUCUGAGGACCCAUGCCAAAUCUUUUCAGUCUCCUGAGGAAGAAAUCACACCAAAUUCAGAUUCUGUCUCCAGUAUUCUACACGCAGGGGAUGAUAGAUGGCCUAGAUUAUUACAAUUAGUUUGUCAUUUUAAGGAUCAGUCCCACAUCAAUCCAAGAAUUCUCAUACAUACUGUACACAAUGCAUGUGGUGUAGACUCAAAAGGCUGUAAAUCCUAAGCUGUCCUCUGCUCCUUUUUGCACAGGAACGUGACAGACUGAUGCUCUGCAAAAAUAACCGAAGAAGAACCCUCAAGCUACCACCUAAGGUAAGACCACUGCUCCCUUUACCCUACUCUCUGUGUGGGUUUCUGUUUGUGUACAUGUGUUUUUUGUUUUAUAGCACUAGGCGUUUCUUUGUUGUGUUCUAUAUGUCUCUGGUCACACACUGCUGAUUCAGUGGUGUUGUCACUAAGCAACGGUUUCUUCCCAUGAUGCUGAUGCACUGGUUCUGUCUAAUUGGGCUCAAUGGGGCACUGCGUGUUGAUUGUGUCUUUGUGUGUGUGCAAUUGUGUGACUGUGUGUUUUAUAAUUGGGCUCAUAGGGGAACGAUGACACCUGUUGUUCAGCUCAGAAUGAUAGGUAGAUAAGGUGUUGAUGAGGAGGAGAGGAGGCGCGAUGAACGCAGUUGGGCUGUGUUCGCAAUAGAGUUUGCAGAGUCAGUGAUGUAUGUUGUUAAGAGAGGAGGAGAUGGAAGAUUCAACAGACUCCCUGCAUCUAUAACUGGAGCUGGCUAUUGGGACUCUCACUCUGAAACUGAAAACUGCAAUUGGAACUCUCCAAUCUCAAACUGAAAAAGGCAAUUGGGACUCUCACUCAAGCUGGGAGGGUAAUUGGGACUAUCAAUCUCAAACUGAAAACGGUAAUUGGGACUCUCAAACUGGGAACAUUUAUUGGAACUCUCACACUCAAACUGGGAAUGGAACGGAACACACUUACUGGAAGAGUCUGACUGGAAUAGAAAAGUAUUCUACUGCUGCCUCGCAGGCCUGGAAACUGCCUUAAAGAUAUCCCAGUUUUUUCCCUGGGGAGGAGUGAAUGCUAUUUAACACUCCUCUCUCACUCUCUCUCUCUCUCCAUCUUUGUCUGCGGAGUGUGUGACUGAGACACAGUUGUGCGUCAGAGCUUAGUGCCCGAGGACUGGCUUGAUCAGUAUAGGUUGCCUUGGAGGAUACUAGAUUUGUUGAGAGGUUCUAGUAUAUUAACAGUAUGUACGAGUAUUUCCAGCUCAUCCUCUACUUCUCCUUCUUUAUCGCCCUUUGUGCUAUGGUCUGUCUCUACUUCUCUGGUUGUCAGGAGAUGACCUACAAACACGAUGGUAAGGACUUUACUGUAGUAUAGUAACCAUUGAACUGACUGAAUUGGACCUGAACACAAUGGGAAGGAGACUGUGGUUUUUAGAGAAUGUUGUUGAGUCUAUAAGAUCAAUGGGAAGGAUGAGAUUAGCCUUUCUUUUAGAGAAUAUUGUGAGGAUAGUUUUGGUUUCAUAAUCAGACGGUAAGGAAUGUUGAUGUGAUUGUUCCAAGGUUGAUGGACUGUCUACAGUCGCUAGUGAAAGUCUACACACCCCUUGCACAGUGUUCACAUUUUGCUGCCUUACAUUUUUUUGCUACUGAUCUUCACAACCUACUCCACACUUUCAAAGUGAAAGAAAAAUCUUUGAACAUUUUCCAAAUGUAAUAAAAAAUGAAGAUUAUUGAUUGCGUAUGUCUUCACACCAGAGUUAAUAUUGGGUGGAAACACCGUUGACUGCUGUGAAUAAUUACCAACCUCACACAACUCUUAGGGAAACAUACUGUAUAUCAAUUAUUUUUGUCAAAAUUGCUCAAGCUCAGUAAAUUUGGUUGGGAACCAUUGAUGGACAGCAAUAUUCAAACCUUGUCUCUGAUGUUCCAGGAGAUUUAAGUCAGGACUGAUAUUGGACCAUUCAGGAACACUCAACACCUCUUGAAAAGCCAAUAAUUUAUUCAAAAUUAUUCACAGCUGUAAUGGCUGCCAAAGGUGCUUCCACCAAAUAUUAACUCUUGGGUGUGAAGACAUGCAAUCAAUACAACUUAAUUUAGUUUUUUGUUUUAAUGUCUAACUUUGAAAGUAUGGAGUAUGUAAUCCCUUUUUAGAUUUAAUUUUAAGGCAGCCAAAUCUGUGCAAGGGGCUUUCACUAGGCAGUAGGUGAGUGUUCUAUACAAAAUUGUGUGUGUGUUUUGUCUUUUCUCCUAACAUUUUUGUGUGUGUGCAAAUCAAUAUAUUACAGAUUAUCUCUCUUCCCGCUCUAUAUCUCUCCAGAGGCAUGUUGUGGAGACGUAUUUUGGAUUUGAUGAGGAGUCUGUGGACUCUGAGACGUCCUCUCUGACCUCUUACAUCACCGACCUCACAGACCGCACCCCCGCUACGCCCGAGGAGGACCUGGAGGACGUAAGUGUGUGUCUGUGGCCUUUACUCAAUUGGAUUUGCUCAACUCCUGCGUCCUCUCUCCUCUGUCCUCUCUGGCCUCCUUUUGAAAAAUAUCAAAAUGAAUCAAAGAGAUGUGGCGAGGAGAGGGGAAGUGGACGAAAGGCGUUUGAAUUAAAUAAGACUCUCCAAUCGCGCGUCAUCAGGCAAAUAAUGUUUACAGGGUGGAAUCCCAAAAGAAAUGUAUAAAGUGAUAAACAAAUUUAGCUAGUUGUGCAAGACAUUUUAUAGAUAAAAGGAUACGUAGCAUAUCGUUUUUAAAUGUUUGCAUGCUUUUCUUCUUCAAGAAAACAAUCGCUGAUUUUAAAGGGGGUGUGGCAGAUUUCAAAACUCUGGUAGGAUACACUCGUGCUUCCUCACGAAAAGGAGGCUAUUGAGGAGGUGAGGACCGUCUUCCGUUAGCCUACUUAAGAAUUGACACUCCUUGACCACUCAUCCACUUAUCGGUUUCCAGGUCACGGAGGAGCGAAAAGUGAGAAAAGGUGUCUGUGUGUGUUAGCUGUUUAGUAGUGGUGUAAUGGUAAAAAAAAUUGGUGCGUAAACGGUGAUGGCCCUUCGAAGUGAAUAAAGUAACACUCCCUUUAUUUUCAAUGCAUUUUUCAGCGGUAAGUGGGUACAUGCUUGCGCAAAUUAAUGGUGUUCAGGUGUAUGUGUAAGGUGUUCAGGUGUGUGUUUGACCCUGUCUCUGUUUCUCCAGGGUGUAUCUCGUGAAGAGGCAGAACUGAGGUUCAGACAGCUGACCAGAGAGUACCAGGCUCUCCAGCGGGCCUACGCCCUCCUACAGGAACAGGCUGGGGGGUCGCACGACGCUGAGAGAGAAGCCAGGGUUAGUAGCUUUAACCUUUGACCCCUACCCCCUUAUAACCCUUAACACAACUACCCCUAAAAUCCAUCCAUAAACUCCUGAUGUGACAAUCACUGUCUCAAAACAUGAGCGGUUGCCAAGAGGAGUACAAGAUUAAUGUCCUUCGGUCUUGAAGGGCUGCAGGAUGUACAGGCUUUUGUUCCAGCCCAGCACUAACUCAAUUCAACUAAUUUGACUCUGGCCUCUGUUCCUGUUCACGCAGAACCGUGAGCAGUUGCAGGCGGAUCUGAUUGGCUGCCAGGCGAAGAUCGCCGACCUGGAGAAGGCAUUGGCCGAGAGGGGGCAGGUAAAAGAGAAAAGGGGCGGGGAGAAGACGGGGAGGUCCCUGGCUGCUCCGCUCUCAUUGACCCUGCUGCUUGUCUGUCUGGGGGUUUUGCUUUUGGCCUGGCGCAAUGCCGACCGGAUCUGCCACAGGAUCCUGUAAUGUCACUCUGAUGUCACAACUCUGCCCUGUUUGCAUGCUCCACCAACUGUAGUUACCAGUAUUUUUUUCCAGCCCUUUUUAUAUAGUCUAUUUUCUACUGGAAAAGAGAGAAUCAGCAUUUAUCUACUCAUGAUCAAAUUGAUUGAAUGAUACGUCAUGCCAAACAAAUCCACCAAUCAUACCAAAUUAUACCAUUUACAAACAUGAGUCUGAAGACAAGGUAGAUUUUUUUUUUAAUCACAUAAUGUGGAAAUCAUCUUAAAUACAUUCCUCUGUAAAGAUAUGUCAGUUUGAUUAUUUCCAUGUUUAAGCAAUCACAUUUGUAAAAGUACAGAGUGAAAUAAAUGUAGAGAAGAGUAUCUGGAUUUGAGGUCAAAACCAAUGGAUACCAAAUGCAGAUCACAUAGAUUGUUCAAUCUUAUUGUUGAUGGCUCAGAAUGAUGUCAAUAGAUUGAAAAGAUCUAAGACCGAGCAGCGUUUCACAAAGGUCAGAACUCCUGGCUACCUCUAUCAUUCUCUGUUACCUGUUGCAUGCAUCACAUUGGUUUACUGCAUGUUACCUGUUUGUGUCACUGUGGCCUUGUUGCACUUUCUGUUGCACUGCUCGCACCUCUGGGGCCUCAAUAUACCUGUUUCUCUGUUCAGCAUGUUGUUCACUCUUUCACUGUACCAAUGCAGACUUCUAAGCACUUUUCUCUGUAAUGCUGGUGGUGGACUUUCUCUCUGUUUAAUUUUGGUUCAAUAAAGCCAUGCUACACCAGUUUCUUUUUGUGUUUGUCUUGUGGAUGCAUGUGUGUUGUUCACUAUUCAAAGUCAUUAUUUCACUUAUUUUGGGCUUGUGGGACUCUGUUCUAAACCAGCCAGUUUGGGCUAGGACUAAGCAGGUAGGGCUGGAUCUGUUUGGGUUUUGGUGCUUAUGCAUGUUCAGUAUCCCCAAUGGGUGGUAUGGUGCUCUUUUCUCCCCUAUGAUUCUGUGUUGUGAUACUUAGUUUUCUUCUGAGAUGUGUGUGACUGUAUGUUUCUCCAGGAUUCUAAGUGGGUGGAGGAGAAGCAGUACCUCAUCAGGGCCAAUCAGGAACUCCACGACAAGGUAAGACACCUCCUACUUCCUCUGUCACUCAACACUGUCCUGUGAGCCAUAUUGAAGGAAAGGACAUGAGGAUAUGGCGCAUUUGAGUGUAUACUUUAAUAGAUAAAUGAUGUCAUGUGGUGGGAAAUACAAAGGUGUGUGUGUGUUUGUAGAUGUGUGUGUUACAGCAGGGUGGGUCGAAGCUACAGGCGGAGGUGCAGGAUGCGAGGGACCAGAAUGAGCUGCUGGAGUUCAGAGUCCUAGAGCUGGAAGUAAGAGAGUGUACCACCAUCAAAUUGUCCCCAGGGGGCGACACCGGCCUGCACACCCGACGCAGGACCUACAUACAGUGACCAGAAUACACACACACACACACACACACACACACACACACUACUGUGCUUCGACCCAUUGUAUGUACCCUGUAUUUUCUCAUUUUGCUUUCUGUGACUGCCUUACCAUCCCCACUGAACUGGAAAAGUUGUAUUUUUUAAAUUGAAAGAUGUACAAGAAUGUUGUCUUAAGUGAGAUGAAUAUACAUUUGUAUGGAAUAAAAUGUAUUUAAUUUCACCAUCCACCCCAUCUUUGUUCAUUUGUCUCUCCUCCCUGCAUGUAGUUAAGUUUUAUUUACUUUUAUUAAAAACGUACAUUUAUUUCAGUUGACUUUCAAACUGUUAGUCACACUUCCUAGAUUUUUUAAAUUCUCUCACAACAGAAGAUUAUCAACUGCAUAGCUUUCCACCUUUCAGGUUUCACCUACUGUUUCAAUCACACUGCCUCCAACAACUGAUGUAGGAUCAGUGUCUUUCAUUAUGAGAUCAUAGGAUAUACUCUAUCACUUCAAGAUGAGAUCAAAUAAACUCGUAAUACACAGACUCCUAAGGAUGGGUGGACCCAUAAUGCACCCAAAGUGCCUCAGUCACUUAAACACUCAUACAUUUGAUGUUUUAAAAAACCCAUUUACUUUGGUUUGCUUCACCUUUUUAAACAUGUUUCUCCACCCACCUUAUUUGGACAGAUUCUGAGCAUGCUAUCCUCAUCAUGUAAGUACUGUACAUCAUUACAUCAUGCAGUUCAGUUCCCAACCCUUACCCAUUCACUAUCCGUCUCACUCAUCAACCUACCCAAUCAGAACGUUAGUUGGAUUGUGCUGUCUCUUUAGGGGACUGACUUUGUGGUCUAUAAAGUGGACGAGGAGGACUGUGUGUAGAUUGUGUGUGUGUGAGGGCGGGGUUAACUGUCUGUGUUGUCCAAUAGGAGAGGGAACGAAGGUCUCCAGCCAUGGGCUUCCACAUGACUACCUUCCCAGAGAACACCAACAGUGCUCUGCAGAUAUACUGCCACCAGGAGGGCAUUAAGGUAUCUCUCUUUCUCUCUCCCUCUCUCGCUCUUCCCCUCUCUCUCUGUCUGUCUCGCUCCCCCCUCUCUCGCUCUCUGCUUAUAUAAACUGGAUGUGUAAACCCUCUUUAGGACGUGGUUAUUCCAGAUCUGAUGAAGAAGCUGGAUAUCUUGGGAGAUAAUGGAGUGAGUUUACAUUGUCUCUCCACUCUUCCUAAUGCUCUCAAUAGAACACUCUUACUAAAAUUCACACUGAGAUUUUCCUUCUCAAUUAAAACCUUAAAUACUUUAAUUAUUUCCCUCAUCCUUUAUCCCUUUCUUUUCUCCUCUUCCUCUCCUCCUCUCCAGAACCUGCGUAAUGAGGAGCAGGUUGUUGUCAUCCAGGCGGGGACGGUUCUCUCAAUGUGUGAGAAGGUCAGUCUCUCCAUCAUCAUCAUCAUUAUCACCAGCACUCAGCCUGCCUCUACUGACACCUACUGGUCAUAUCCAUUAACUGCUGUGGAAUUAAUUGUCUCUCUCCAUAGUGGUUAAAGCAGAUAGACAGCACAGAGGCAGCCCUGACCCAGAAGAUGAUUGACCUGGAGAAUGAGAAGGUGAGCGAAAAAGACAAAGAUAUCGGACCAUGCAUCAGUGGUUCUUCUACAACUUUCACACACAGUACAUGACACCGUUGUCAUGAUGAUGUGAUAUCAUGUGAUGUCAAAUCCUGUGAUGUCAUAUCCUCUAUUGUGCUGUGGCUGUUCCAGGACCUGUUCAGUAAGCAGAAGGGCUUCCUGGAGGAGGAGCUGGACUACAGGAAGCAGGCCCUGGAUCAGGCCUACAUGGUACGACACAGCAACAUGAUGGGACAGCAGGGUUACUCUAGAGCUGUCUCCUGCUUGUAGGAAUAUGGGUGGUUGUCCUUUGUAGCUCAGUUGGUAGAACAUGGCGCCUUUUACGUUAGGAUUGUGGGUUCGAUUCCUGGGACCACCCAUACGUAAAAAUGUAUCCACACAUGACUAAAUCGCUUUGGAUAAAAGCAUCUGCUGAAUGGCAUUUAUUAUUAUAAUAUUAUUAAAACCCAAUGGUCAUUAUUAACAAGCACCAGUUCUAAUCCAUUAGUUUCAUAAAGUGCAAGCAUGUUGUAGCUGAUAUAAACCCAUCAAACAUCACCAACCCAGAGACCAAACCCUGUUUGAGUUUGUGUUGUCGGGAUACUGCAUCUUUUACCUCAAUGAAUCCCUGUUUGCACUGGGUACUACAGGACAGAAAGAGACAUGUCCUACUGACUGGAAAAGUAUGGCUGUAUUUUACUGUUCAGACAUAUCCGUAGUACUUUAAGACUCAAUGCCUGAGUGAAGUGUGUAAUUCUAAUGAGAAGGUGUGUCGAGGGGAAAAAAACCGUAGGCUAUAGAUUUGUGAAUGCCUGAGUACAGAGUAAAGGCAUAAACAGCCCAUAUGUUUUAUGUUCUUCAAAUCCCUAACUUGAUUCAAGACUCACUGCCACCAUUAUGAGAGUCAGGUAACAGCAAGAGUAUGUAGCAUUCACUACCAUUUAUACAUUGUAUUCAGUGUGUUUUUUUGGUGUGUAUUUGUGUUUUUAGUUCCACUUUAUACUGUGUCAAUAGAAGCAUGUAUUUACAUGGUAACUACACUGGCGUAAUAAGACAUAGCUGUUAGUACUAUGUAACAAAGUAUACUUAGUACCCACACUGUAGUUACCAUGCAAUUACCAUGAACAAAACAUCAUUAUAGCGACACUAGAUAUAAAGUGGAACAGUGUUUUCCAUCUCUGCCAUGAUCACAGUGGCAUGCCUGUGUGUGUGUGUGGCUGUAUGACAGAGGAUCGCGGAGCUGGAGGCUACGCUGUAUAACGCUCUGCAGCAGGAGCCCGGUGGGCGCGCGGUGGCAGAGUCUCUGUCGGACAGGCAGAGGGAGGAGCUGAGGCUAGCUGUGGACAAACUGCGGAGGCAGAUACUCAGGCAGAGCCGCCAGUAUGACAGUCAGAUCUUACAGGAGCGCAUGGAGCUGCUACAGCAGGCCCAGCAGGUAAGGGAAGGCCUUAACCUGCAGCCGCCACAGAGAAAAGAUGCAGUAUCCCUCCCUCUCUAUACGUGUCUGAAUGUGUGUCAGUAUGAGUGUCGGUGUGUAUUUGUAUAA